UGAGCUUUCCGAGCUGUUGUGGCAGAAUCAGGCAGAGAUCGAUUCUUCGUUGUAGAGGUUUAGUAGUUCAGUCCCGACGAAGACGAAGAUUGUGUCCCACCAUGGCCAUGUCGACGAUGGAGCGUACCAGUUCCACCUCAAUGGCACAAUGACUACUGCAAUCCCUGGCUUCUCGCGGAGUCCAUAACUCAGUUUCCGGUUGCUCGAUCUUGUUUGUUUGUUUUCCUCUGAGUGGGAGUUCCGGGGACGAGGUGAUCGAGUCUGUAAUUCGAGGUCGGAUUGUGGAGCGAUUUGGCAGUGGAUGUUGAGUGGCCAGUGAGCUCGGUACCUCAUGACCUACCGAGUUGUUACGGUUUGCCACGUUUCCAUUCUCCUCUCCUUUCUUCCGUCUCCCUUGCAAGGCAAACCUCCAUUUAGAGUUGUAGUUGGUUGUGGAAGUGUUGGUGAAUGAGUGAAUGAGUGAAUGAGUGAGACGUGUGUGUGGUAGUGUUUCGUGGCUUGAAUUUUAGAUAGAUGAGGAACGAGUUGGACUAGUAGGAAGGACGAUGUGGAUGUUGUGGAGCGGGGUUGGUUGGAAUGCGAAGCGCGGUGCUGAUGAUGAAAAGAGGUUGGAUCGAGCGAUUAAUUAGAUUUGGAGGAGUUGUUGCUUGACAAGAAGAAGGGGGUGAGGAUUGAAGAGACAUCGCUGGCUCAUUCAAAUAGCAGGAUGCCUGGACUGCGAUACGAGUUCAUCAUGAGUCCUUUCUCGAACUCGCUCAACCUCAGUGGCGGUAACAUGCUUUCCCGUCACACUGGGGGAAUCUCGCGGGAAUGGGAAAUGUUGAGGUCUAGGAAUGUGCCUCACACUCUUAAUCAGCCCUCGGAGGUGCGUCGUACUCCUCAGUGGUUUCAGCAGAGCAAGAUAGAUUCAAAGAUCAAUUUCUCAGUUACUGAGAAACGUUGGACCUCCCCUGUCGUCUUGCCGGAUACCAGCUACGAGGGCGAGGAUUUGCAAGCCAUGGUGCAUGAUUUCAUUGAGAACGAUUGCGUGGAACACAUGGAUGGAGCUGAUGGCGAUGGUGACUCUCUUGAAUUAACUCUUAGUGAAAACCUGCAGAUGUUGACGAAUCCACACAAUACACGGGAACGGGAUCUUCUAGCUCACGUGAAGCGUCUCCUGCUGACACUGUAUGAGGAUACCAACCUAAUCUGUAACAGCAAUAGCACCAAUUGCAAAAAGACCUGCAUGAAGCGGUUCAUUGUUAGGCACUUGAAGGCCUCUGGAUACAGUGCUUCGGUUUGUAAAUCCCAGUGGCCAAGCUCCGGCCAUGUGCCUGGGGGCGAGUACGAGUACAUUGACGUUGUUCUCGAAGGAGAUCGACUGGUGGACCAUUUCCUCGUGGACAUCAAUUUUCAGACGCAGUUUGAGAUCGCAAGGCCGACCCCACAAUACAAGGCAGCUCUGAAGAGUCUCCCCAUUGUGUUCGUCGGCACGAUAGCCAAUCUUGAGCAGGUUUUGGAACUCAUGUCGGACGCUGCCAAAGUGUCUUUGGAUCAGAAUGAUAUGCAUCUGCCGCCCUGGCGAACUUUUGACUACAUGAGGGCAAAAUGGUUAUCCAAAGUAGAUAGAAAGCUUGAUUUCAGUAUUUCCCCAGCUUCCAGGGACUCUUCCGGUCUUCGUUGGGGAAAUAAUGGAAACCUGAUUCACCACGAGGCUAGGCAUUGCCACGAUGUAGUCAGGCAUUUCAAGAAUUCCUCCUUACUGAGUCGAGUAGCUCAGGAUGGUUCGAUACACCCCGAGAAAAGAGAGAAGGCAGGGAGCUCCACUGCAGGUUAGGUUCUCUUGCUGCGCGAGGCGAGCAUUAGCGAAAGAAUUGAGCGGGUUUCUUUACUUGCUCAAAGUGGCGCCCAGCAGUGGAUCAACAUCCAGCUACAUCGGAAGUUUUGUAUUUGUAUUCAUUACGUGUGCCGAAUAUAGCAGUAGAGUAUUGUAUAGAGAAAAGAUUGGAAAAGUAAUGACGACUUUGGAGGUUCAGGUUGGACUGUACAGGUUACUGCAAGCCCCAGGGUUUUUCUACUGCAUCAUGUCUAGAUGAAGAGGAUCAAAAGGUAUUGGGAGGCCGUUUCAACAUUUUGACGUCAACAUAUGGUACAUGUAUGUAUGUAAAGCAACUAUGUGCCAAAGCAACCUUCUUAGACAUGAUCAUCAUCAGCAGGGGAUGCAAUAUCACUCAUGCCUGCCCAGAUGGUGUCCUUAUAGCAGUCUAGUAGAUUUAUGUAGGACCCCUUCUGCUCAAACUACACUGUAAUGAGACUCUUCAAGGACUAGGAAGCAUAGUUUUGCAGAGGACUUUGUGUAAAAUGCUUUAUAUUUGUUUGGUUGAACUAGUUCAGUAGACUAGACUAGACUCUAUUUUUAUUUUUUAUUUUCUUUUUUUUCUUUUGGAAAGAUGGAGCUGUAACUGAAGAAAAUAGAUGGAUAUGUGUAGACAGUAAGGUGACCUGGUGUAUCUGGGUCAAGAUCAUGCUUUCAUACACUUUUUGUUUGAUAAUAAACUGUAUUCAGCCAUCUCAAAUAGAUGGCUUUCUCGUA